AGGAGGGGCUACCACAUGGUUUCAUUUUGAGCUUUGGUGGAAACAAGAUUUCUGACUGCAGCCAUGGAGUUCAUCGAGCCUAUACUAUCCAUUGCGUCCACAAUCUAUAACCUGGUUGAGAACGUCAAAGCCAACAAGAAGCGCUGUCAUCGUGUGGCAGAGAGAGUGAAAUCUUUGACGGCUCUGUUGCAGUCUGCGCAGAAGAGAAAAGCUGUCCUUAAAUCUGAAGAGGUAGAAAAAGUGCUUCGGGAGCUGAGUAUCACCUUGACAUCGGCACGGCAUCUGAUUGAAAAGUACACAGAGGCCAGUUGGGUCCAGCGUGUUCUGAAGUCGGGUAGCCACAAUGAUGAAUUUACCACAGUAAACGAGCGACUCAACGAUGCUUUCCAAGUCCUGUCGGGGGCGUUGCAGGUGGAGCACAGUGACAUGAUCUAUGAAGUGUUCAAGAUAAGCAACAGACAAAGGCAAGAUGAGAUGGACUCACGGGACGAUGAUGCAGAAGUCAAGAAAUUGCUACUGAGCUACGUGCAAAUGCAGCAGGACAAGAUGGAUACCAUGAUGAGGGAGUUUGAGGAAGUUAAAACCAAUGUAGCCACGAUGAUGGGCAUAUUGAACAAACCCAGUGCCACAAAUGAGGAGAUCCGGAAAAUCAAACCAGAGGAGCUCAAGUAUGAUUUUCCUCAAAGGCCCUUCAUGGUGACCUCCACCUCUGAAGUUUACAAAGGAGAGUACCACGGCUUCACUGUGGCCAUCAAACGCUUUACCGACCAGGCAGACACCAGCCUCAGUGAGAUCAAUACAAUUUUUAACAAGGAGGUUCAAACCAUGAAGCACUUUGAGUCACCCAACAUCCUCCGAAUGUUUGGCAUGUGUAUCAGGAAUGAACAAGGCCCAAACCCAGAGUACCUGAUCAUCAUGGAAUACUGUGAGAAGGGCAGUCUCAGGGAAGUCCUAGACUCAGACUGUAAAUUGUCCUGGAUCAGAAAAGUGCGCAUGUGUCUGGAUGCAGCUCAGGGAUUAUACAGGUUACAUCAAACUGAAGCCAAAUCAAAGGUCCAUGGAUGCAUCAACAGCAGCAAGUUUCUUGUGGCUGAAGGCUAUAGAGUGAAGUUAGGAGGCUUUGAGCUUGCCAGAACAGAGACGUCUCUGAAAAAGGGCAGAGAUGACCGAGAGAUCCGGUCUCUGUGCUACUCUCCUCCUCAAAUGCUCAACAACAUCGACUACCUAUACAGCAAAGAGUGUGAAGUCUACAGUUUUGGCAUUGUCAUGUGGGAAAUUGCUACUCGUCGACAUCCUUUUGAAGAUCCAGUAACUAAAGCCAAAUGGACAAAUAAGGAAAUACUGCAGAGAGUGGGCAAAGAGAAAUACAUGGAGCCACUCCCUGACGACUGCCCCAAAGCGCUCGGGGAACUGAUCAAUGCAUGUCGGGCCUACGAGAGCUUCCACAGGCCGUCAGCUGGGGUAUUGGUGGAUAAACUGCGCAGUGUGGUGACACAACUACCUCUGGAAUAACUGUGAUGUUGAGAAAGCAAGCAUGUAUGUAUGUAUGUAUGUAUGUAUGUAUGCAUGUAUGUAUGUCUAUCUAUAACAAGAAAUCUGUAAUGUGUAGACCAUUGAUAAAAAGUG